AUUACAGUCGACUCCCCGAGUCGCGGCAUUUGAGAGUCCAGUACAGUCUCGGCAGUCGCCCGUCAUUCGUCGAGCGUAGCGUACGUCUGUCACGUCUCCGCGCGAAACUUACCAGCCAUGUGGUGAAGUGAAACUGUCAAACGUGAUACACUUUCGCAUACCGGUGUUAUUCGGUUUGAGUGGACUAUUGUACUUUAUAAUUUAAAUUGACUUGUGGUGGUUUGUGAUAACGAAGUGGUGCAACAAUUUUGGAAAAUUGGAUUAUACGAACGUAUAAUGGCCUUAGCCAGGUAUAAUCAGCAAACCGCGCGCUCCUCUUCGUUGAAGCUCGGGUCAGGCAGCGAGUGCGGCGGUGGAGGCGCGGGCGGCGGCGCGGCCGCUCCGCAAUCGGCGCGCGUCUCCUCGAACGGCGCCGGCGGGAUGGCGGUGAGCCGCGUGCCCAGCCCGCUGCACGACGGCAACACGCCCGUCGCGGAAAACUGGUGCUUCACACAGGUCAAAGUGGUUAAGUUCAGUUACAUGUGGACAAUAAACAAUUUUAGUUUCUGUAGAGAAGAAAUGGGUGAAGUGUUAAAAUCAUCGACUUUUUCAGCAGGUGCUAGUGACAAGUUAAAGUGGUGUCUUCGUGUUAACCCUAAAGGACUCGAUGAAGAGAGCAAAGACUAUUUAUCUUUAUACUUAUUAUUAGUGUCGUGUAAUAAAUCAGAAGUGCGUGCAAAGUUUAAGUUCUCAAUAUUAAAUGCAAAACGGGAAGAAACGAAGGCGAUGGAGUCACAGCGUGCUUACAGAUUUGUUCAAGGAAAAGAUUGGGGGUUCAAAAAAUUUAUCAGAAGAGACUUCCUAUUAGACGAAGCGAACGGGCUGCUGCCAGAAGAUAAGCUGACGAUAUUCUGCGAAGUGUCGGUAGUGGCGGACAGUAUCAACAUUAGCGGGCAGAGCAACGUGGUCCAGUUCAAAGUACCAGAAUGUCGACUUUCCGACGACUUAGGGGCUCUCUUCGACAAUGAAAGGUUCUCUGACGUCACAUUGGCAGUUGGCGGCAGGGAAUUCCAAGCACACAAAGCUAUUUUAGCAGCGAGAAGUCCAGUAUUCGCAGCGAUGUUUGAACACGAGAUGGAAGAACGGAAACGGAAUCGAGUUGACAUCACAGACGUAGACCAUGAGGUGUUACGAGAAAUGUUACGCUUUAUAUACACCGGCCGCGCGCCCAACCUAGACAAGAUGGCUGACGACCUCUUAGCCGCCGCUGAUAAGUACGCACUAGAGCGAUUAAAAGUGAUGUGUGAAGAAGCGUUAUGCCUAAGUCUAUCGGUUGAGACGGCCGCAGACACACUAAUACUAGCCGACCUGCAUUCUGCUGACCAGCUCAAGGCGCAAACCAUCGACUUUAUUAACACGAGUCACGCGACAGACGUGAUGGAUACAGCUGGUUGGAAGAACAUGAUCUCGUCUCACCCGCACCUGAUCGCGGAGGCCUUCCGCGCACUGGCCACGCAGCAACAACAGAUCCCUCCCAUCGGGCCGCCGCGCAAGCGUGUGAAGCAGGCCUAGUGCGGCACCGCGCCCCGGUCCGCGCCCCGGCCCGCGCCCGCGCCCCUGCGGCCGCGCCCCCGCCCCCGCUAUACCAAAGACACGCCACCCGGCCCGCGCGCCGCGCCCCCGAUGGCCCACGUGUGCGUAUCAUUACACCGGAUCCCACGAUCCGGACCUUCGUUUUACUAUGAUUGAUCUCAAGACGAUAUUCGAUCCUAAUGUUUUUUUGUCUCUUGCGGUUAAUUAGUGUACCGCUUUUAAUAAUUACUUUUAAUGUGUAUGUUACGGAGAAAUGCUGGACGCUUUUUGCGCGUUGAUGUAGUUUUGGAUGUAGGCUUCGGGUUAAUAUUUUAUGUAUGUCGUUUUUGUGAACAUUCUCUUGCAGCUAUGUAUGUAAAUUAUUACUAUGUAUUAAAUAUGGAACUCGUGUCUAAAACAACUAUCCAUGUCAUAUAAAUUUAUAUCAUUAUAUUAUUAUUAUGAUUGUAACUUUCAUUGGCUAACAAAUUGACAUAAUCGGUUAUGAAUUAAUAGUAAUGUACAGAAAAUGUAAUAAUUGGAAUAAUCGAAUGUAAUGAUUAUUAUGCCACAAUGCAAAUAUAAUUGAAUUGGUAAAUCUUGGUGUUUCGUGUUCCCAUAGAAAUUACGAGAACAUUAAUGUUAGACAAUGUAUAAUGUAGGCCUUUUGAAAAUAUUUUGAAGUAGAGUGGUAAUUGAAUGCAAUAAAGUUAUGUAUGUACCACAGGUUUGUACAAAACUGUCGUAUGCAAUGAAAUGAGACCGGAUCCCGGCUUGACACUGAGACCUGCCGCUGAGACAGUUUGUGCAAAGCUCUGGUACCUCGUAGACGCAGUAGGGGACUCGAGUGAUUGUAUAAGUCUAUUGAAAUUGUUGGUAUUGUAUAUAGAUGAGCUACGAUCCCACCAUAAAAUAUUUCUAAGUACUAACCCUUAAGUGGUAUCACUGAUGACACCAUUAAUUUUUUAUUAUAACUGUAGGAUGUUAUUCCAAUGACAUAUUGUGAUUUUUCUAUCAUAUUUCCAUAGGUUUAAUAAAUAAAUACACGAACGCUUUUUGUUUGGUUUCAUAUGUAGAUGAUCACUGGAAUAAUUUAAAUUUUAAUGUAUUAUUAUUGUUGUUGGUUUCGCUUCAUCAAUUGUACAUUACUUCAUGUCAUGUGUGAUGUCCAACUCGGCGUCUUGACUCGCCCCUCAUUUUGCUCACUUCAUUAACUUUUAAAAUUAAUAUGAUUCUAAAUUACAAAUUGAUAAAUGUUAUUUAUUAGUAUUAUUAUCAUUUUUUUCAUUUUCUAUGUCAACUUGACGAAUUUUGUAAUUAUUAUUAUUAUUCUUUUAACUUGUAAAAUGAUGGACCUACCCACUAAGUACCUAUUGUAAUAUUUACUCAAUAGAAGUAUAUAAUAUACCGCGGCCAAUAAAUAAUAAUAUUUAAUACCAUUUUAUACCCACUUCCCAUUUUACUACAGCUGACAGCUGUUCCAUGUAAUUGAAUAUUACAAAAUGUCAAAAAUAACUGUGAUUUCGAAAUUGUCAGUAAGUUGAGCAAAUAAAUGAAAUGAUGAUGA